CUCUCUCAGGGUCCUCCUGUUGAACCUGAGCAGGGCCCGGUUCUGCUGCCCGGCCCGAGCACAUGCUCGUCCGCUCUAAGGCAAUGCAGAGACCCUCACUGUCUCCCAGCAAUGUCUGAACUCGGCUCUCUGGCCUGCCCCGGGACUCCAACUGUGACCCACAGGAGGAGAAGGACGCCAAGGAGAGCUCCCUGAGACAUUCACGGCUCCGUGGUCAGAGCUAGCCAUGAGGAGAACUUGCACAGGCAUUUACCACUUCCUUGUUUGGAGCUGGUAUCUUUUUCUCAAUUACUACAUCUCGCAGCAAGGAGGGGACCAGCGGAAAUCCAAAAUCUUUCUAAAUGGUGGACAGUGGAAAUACUUGACCUUCCUAAAUCUGGUCUUGCAGGCCAUUUUCUACGGGGUCGCCUGCGUGGAAGAUGUGCUGAAAAGAAUUAAAGGGGAAAGAGACCUUAAGUUCGUGACCGCCUUCAGAGACCUGCUUUUUACCACGCUGGCUUUUCCAAUAUCCACGUUUGUAUUUUUGUCUUUCUGGAUCCUCUUCCUCUACGAUCGAGAGCUCGUUUACCCGAAGGCCCUAGAUGAUAUCUUUCCAGAAUGGUUGAAUCAUGCAAUGCACACAUCCAUACUGCCCUUCUCGCUGGUUGAAGUCAUCCUCAGGCCACAUUGCUACCCACUGAAGAAGAAAGGACUCACCUUGUUGGCUGUGGCCAGCCUCGCUUACAUCAGCAGGGUCCUAUGGAUCUACUCUGAGACCGGUACGUGGGUGUAUCCUUUGUUUGCCAGACUCAGCCCGGUGGGGCUGACAGCCUUCUUCUCCCUCAGCUACAUCUUUACCGCCAGCAUUUAUCUACUUGGAGAGAAGCUCAACCACUGGAAAUGGGGUGACAUGAUCCAGCCAAGGAAGAAGAGGAAGUGAUCACAGGCCAUUUUUUA